AAAAAUCUGAAAUGACUUUUCCUUUAGUAAGUUUGGAAGACUGGCUGGGAAGAUGGCUCAGUGGAUGAGAGCACUUGGCACGCAGUGUAACAGCCUGAGGUACUAUCCUCAGAGCUAAGGAAGGAUUGGAUUCAGUAGCACAAUGAUCGUAGCCCCAGUGAGUAUCCCCACCAGGAGCUGGGAGGCAAAGACAGGAGGUCAGAAAUUCUCAGGCCAGCAAGUCUCACACAGACAGCAGUGAAGAAUAAGGGACCCCAUUUCAAGCUCUGACCUGCACAUGUGUUCUGUGGUACCCAUGGACCCCUAUUCACAACACGAACACAUAUGAUAUGCAUACAUCAUACACAAACUGCACUUAGAAGAGAUGCUGUUACUAGCAUUAAGUAUAAAGUGUAAACAGUUCAUAGAUGUAGUCUCAAGACAUUAGGUUACACAGUUGUUUUAGUAAAAGAAAUUUGAAAUCCUCCAAGGAGCAAAUGUGUUUUACAGAAAAAAAUAGAAGCAUAAAAAUAAUUUCAUUUACUAUAGCUAUGGCUGUCUGUAGGUUUAUUUUGUAACAAUAAAGAUUCUUUCCAUGUUAGAGUUAUGCUUGGGUUGUUUUGAGAGUGAUGAAGGGAGUAAUGAAACUUCAUUGGAGAGUAAUAAAACUGUGUCUAAACCAUGUGUUGUUUAAGCCGGAUGUUGUGCUAUAUGCCUUUAGUCCCAGCACCCAGGAGUCAGAAACCAGUGGAGCUCUGUGGGUUCAAAGCCAGCCUGUUCUACACAUCAAGUGCCAGGACAGCAAGUGCUACAUAGUCAGUCUCAGACUUUAAAAACACACGAAAAAGUGCGUGUGUGUGUGUGUGUGUGUGUGUGUGUGUGUGUGUGUUGAUUUCUUUACUUGGCCAUUUUAGAGAAUGCAGAAUAACAGGGAUUUUAUUUAAUUUGAUGUUUGACAUUCGAGUCUUUCUGUGUUCACUAUCAUUUAGCUGAGUCUAAAUUUAGUGUUGAAAGGAUUCUCAACCAGGAAAGACUUUCAGUGGCUACACAACCACUGUGUCCUGCAUUCCUAUUACUUUUUUUCCUCUUUGUUUGCUUGCUUAGUGAUUUGAGAAAAGUCUCACUGCAUAGCCCUGGCUGUCCUGGAACUCACUAUGUAGACCAAGCUGGCCUCAGACUCAUAGAGAUCCAUCUGCCUCAGCCUCCUUUCUACUGGCAUUAAAGGUACCACCAAGCCUGACUGUGUUCCUAUUUCCUAAGUAAGUAUCUGAUACCUAAGAGAACAUACUAAGCUGAAAACCUCCUAGUCUGUGGACCCCUUCUGUGUAGAAAUAGAAAAAGUAGGCAGUUCCUGAUGAAUGAAGGGUCAACUGGCUUCUGUACUCACUGAUUUAAACUGGACCUGGAGUUUGCAAUAAUCACCAUGGGGAGGCAUUGUCCUUUAUGACCUCAGUUCUUUUGGAUUCACAAGCAAAAAAUUACAGUGCUUUAAAUAAUUUGCUCGUUUGGUAGUGUUAUACUUCUGAUAGCCAAAAAUUAUUUUUGGAAUGCAUGUUUUCUUUUUUUAAAGAUACACAUUUGGCUAUAAUCUUGUAUAUACAGCCUCAAAUAUAACAUUCAGCAAGUUAACAUUUAGAUUUCUUUUUAGACUCAAACACAUCAACAAAUAUAGGAUUCUUGAAAUCUUUUAAUACUUCUUUUGGGUGUACUUAUCUGUUCUAAACUUGGGCAUUCUGAAUUCAGUAUGGAUAUUAAUAAAACAUGUAUAAACUUUGUUUCUCAGAAAAUAAAAGAAACUGAAAAAAAAUUUACAAUGAUAAAUGGUAACAAGUGAAACUUAAAUUGAUAUUAAAGCUGUUGUUUUCCUGAUGUAGAAAUGCUCUGUACUGACACAAGAUUGGUUGACACAUGUGGAUUUCCUUUUCAUGUUUUUUCAGUUUGAUUUUUAAAAAAUCAUAUUGGAAAUUUUAGUAUUGUAAACCCAUUGAACAGGUAUUGAGUCUUAUAACUCAUUUUUUCCUUUUCUCUGUUUCUCCUUUUUUUUUUCUUCAUUUUCUUUAUUCCUCUAAUUUUAACACCUUACAUCAGACAAGACUGGCAGGCUAGGAAUGACAAAAUUAGGAUUAUUUCAGCUUUUUCUAAUGCUAAUUAUGAAGAGCAAGAAAGUAAAUAUGAGAUGAAUGAGAGAACAUCACAAGACUUUCUAGAAAAUAGUAAUAUAUAUUUGAAGGAAGUAGGGGUCAAGGAAAUGACAACCUUUUCAAAAACUGAUGAGAACCACAGCCAACAAAACCAGCCAGAGUACAGUUUCAGAAAGAUAUCGCUCAAGAGCAAGCAUGGCCAUAAGUGUGAAGCACCUACACUUUCCAGAUAUCCUCAAAAAUAUAACACAAUAGACAGGAGGAGAAAAAAAUCCUUGCAUAGCCAUUCUGAAGAUAAUGAAAGAUGGCAUUAUAAUACUAAGAGUAAUUCUAAAUGUGCAUUUCCUGAUACUGAGAAUUCUGCUCCUUACCACAUUGAAAAGAAGAAACUAAACUAUCCGAUUUUGUGCCCUUACAAAAAUGGAUUUGUGAAGAGCAGCGCCUGGAGCCCAAACUUAGAAAGCUCUGAUUAUGGUCUGCCCUAUUGUUUAAGGAACUAUGGAAAUGUAUGUGGCUCUAACCACUCUGUCACUAAUCUUACUCCACUGGAUAUUUCUGAUGACUCGACCAGCAGUACUUCUGAAGAAAUUUUAGGUUCCCCCAUUUCUGAUGAGCAGGAAAGUACGUCACCAACAUGGACCUCAUCCAAUGUCAAUCAUAUAGGAGACUUUUCUGAGGAAUAUUAUGUAGCAAAUUCAGCAUUGCCAUUACAAAGGAUGAACUGUAAUGUAAACACAGUUGGAGAUUUGUCCAGAUGCUCCAUGGAAGAUAUGACCCCUUCCUUUGUUGAGGGACCCAAAGAGAAAUAUGUUGACACAAUGGAUGAGCUUCAGUGUUUGGUGGAAACAGUGUCAGAAUAUUUAGCAGAGAAGGAAGAAGAGAUUAAUAGAUUUGGUUCUCUUUCAAAAACUAAAGAACCACGUGAACACAAUACUGCUGUUGCUAAUGCAGAACAGAAAACAUCUGAGAAUCAAACAUCGCCUUUAACUGUUACUCAGAAUGCCAACGCCAAGGCUAUCUCUUUCCCUGAGGUGAAUGGGGUAAAGUGCGCUGUUGGUUCUUUAUUCAGUUCACUAACAGAAAAGGUAGGUUCAGGCACAAAGCAUCUUACAACCUCUGUGGAAAAACUCGUUCAUUUAGUUCCAGAGAAAAAAGAAACUCAGAACCAAACAGAGACAAUUAGUUUGGGACCUAACCCCAGUGCAAACUCCAUAUUGGAGAAGGAUCUUUCUGCACAGCCUUUAUUAUCCUGUCAAACAACUGAUGAUAAGGAUGCUGUCAGACAUGGCAGAACCUCUGAGAAUGAGCACCUAGGUGAUAAGACUAAAGGGGAGAGCUUUCAGGACAGCACAGAAACUAUUAGAAAGGACUCUGCUCCACAAACUCAGAGUUCAAUUGUGAAGUCUGUUUUCAGCAUGCUGAAUCCAUUAAAGAUAUUUUCUGAGAAAGAGGAAACCAAAAGUGAAGAGCAUAGCAAGGUAUCGAGAAGGGAAAGCACUGUAGGGUGUGGUUCUGAGUCAAAUCAAAGUGAGGACCUCCUGGACAACCAGAGUAGUCUUGCUGCUCCAAAUAGAAGUAAAAGAGAAACUGCAGAUCUCCAAAUGCAAGAAAGGGAAGAUUUGCCGUCCUUACAAGUGACUGAGGAGCCUUCAAACUUAGCUAGUAGUACCAGAAAGAAAGGUGGUAUGGAGAGUCAGUUGGAAGGAAAACCUUGUGUAGAGCUUUCUCUAUCAAAAGACCAACCACAACAAAGUGCCAACGAUACUAUGGGGCAUUGUGGUGUAGCUGGCAGUACCCUUGCAAAUCAAGAAUCAUCAAAAGCAUUAGAGGAAGACAAAGUUACCAGUGAUGAGGAUUUCCUUGAGCCACUAAGAAAAUCAUUCAGUCAGUUCCUGUUUACUUCUCCUGAGAGCUGUAGAAAGGAGAUGUCAGAAUCUGUAACAAUUCUUAAGCUGGAGGAAGAUGGACAGGAAAGAGAUGCCAAGAAAGAUGGACAUUCAUUUUCAUUUAGCAGAAAACUGCAUAUUCCGUUUUUCAAUAUUCUUAGCCAUUCUGAAAAGCAUCAGGAUGUAAAAGAGAAAGGAAGCAUUUUCCCUCUGUUUAAAUUUCCUCUCACAGACAGUCAGAGCACUGUUAAUAAUCAGAGUUUUCACAGUUCAGUAGCAACCACUGAUAAAGAGGUCCAACAAAAUUGCCACAUGGAUGCCAGACUUAGUUCAGUAAAAUCUAGUUCAUUUCCAAAUAUUCAUAAUCAUCUAGAGAAACUGGGUAGUACUGAGGAAUUCAGUAAGAAUGACCAUAUAAAUUGUCCUGAAGAUGUUAAACUUAAUUCAUUAAAAUCUAGUUCAAUUUCAAAUAUUCAUAAUGAUCCAGAGAAACUUAACAGCAUAGAGGAAUUUAAUAAGAGUGACCAGACACAUUGUUCUGAAGAUGAAAAACAUAACACAAUGAGGUCUGACUCAACCUCAAGUGUUAAUAGUGAUUUCGGGAAAUGUGGGAGUCUGGCGGAAUUGAACCCAAGCAGCCAUGCAGCAGUAGAGCACUAUGAAAAAGCUGAUCCUGAUGAUGUGCUUAAAGAACAACACAUUGCUGUAGCGCUCUCAGAAGAACGUGUAAAUCUUACACAAGUGGCAUUUCCCUUGAUGUCAGACUCUUCAUUGGGGCUUAUUUCUGCCAUUUCAAAAUCCACAUUGGUUAAUGACAUUAAUGAAGACAAAGUUGAAAAUGAAACUUCUGACAAAGGAACCCAAAGAGGCUUCCUUUCUGGCAUUUUAAGCAAGUUUGCUUCUCUAGAAAACAUGCCUAGUCAACAGGAAUUCAACUUGAAAAGUGACAGUUCCCACCAUAAGAAUAAUACCUCAAGCUCAUUACUCUCUGGAAUAUUUAACUUGAUAUCAAGUAGCAGUGUGAAUGAUUAUAAUCCAGUUGAAGCAAAGUUGAUAUCUUUAGAGGAUACAAAAAAAUUGGAUGGACGUAAGCAUUUAUCUACAGAUGAAGUCCCUGCUGACUGGUGUGUGACUUCUGAGAACCUGAGGAGCCAGGUUGAAAACAAUGUAGCUUCUAGCUUUAUAAAAAACUCUUUGUCAUUAUCAAAAGAAACCAUGCCAUCAUCUGAUGGUUGGGAUAAUAAUCAUAUUUGCCCUCCUACAUGGAAAAACCAGGAGAGUGAAAGACAUUGCCCUUCUGAGAACAUACUCUGUUGUACUGAACAGGAUCCCUUAGAGAAAUCUUUGAUUAAGAGGCCAACACCAAACCAUAUUCUUGAGAUAAAACUACAUGAAAGGUCAAACAAGUUAAGUUCACCAAUACUAAAUACUAACAUUUUAAGUAAGUCAAACCAUUAUCAGGCCUUUGAUGAGGACUGUUUAGAACGGGGUACUGAUAUAAAAGAUUUCUCCAGAAACUCCAGAAGACUUCAGCCAGUUUAUCAUUUGUUGAAUCAAAAUACAUUUCCAUCAGCAGAUGCUUUCUUGUGGCCUGACUCAGAAAAUCCAGUAAUAAAUUUGUGCCAAAAAGAUCAAAAUGCAAAUAUAUUUGAGUGGGGCAUAAAUCCAAACAGUGUCAUUUCAUGUGACUUACCAUAUGACUCACUCGACCAGUUAGCAUUUAAUGAAGGUUACUUAAUAAGAGGUGAUAUGUGGGCAGCCGACUCAUGUGGAAAUUCUGGUUAUCUUCCAGUUAAUGAGACCAAGAAUUCUCUAGAAGAAUUGCCCAUUGAUUUAAGUUACUCUUCAGAUUAUGAGAAAAUUAUGUGCUCUCUUCUACAACAAGGAUCAUUAGGAAUGGAUGAAAACUUGAUCUUUUCAAGUUUCGGUUAUGAGUAUCAGCAGUGGUUAUCAUAUCUUGAAAAUGGAGUUUGGUGGCCCUCGGAGGAUGGGAAUUAUGGAUAUUAUAUGUUUCAUGAUGGUCAGUAUAUAUACUCUUUCCUCACUGAUUCUACUGGGCAGUAUGUAUAUUUAUUUAUACCUGAUUAUUAUCAUGAAUAUUUGAACUAUAAUUUACAAACAGAUGCUCUCCCAAGCAUUGUGUUAGAUGACAACACUAUUUCUGCCCAUAGUCUUCAAGUUCUUGACAAGGAAGAUAAUUUACUAUGGUAUGUUGAAGAAGAACCAAUUGAAGACCCUCUUGACUUAUCUGUAACUUUGCCAAGAAAUGAGAGGUCAUUGUAUGUAAAUCUAGAAACCGUUUCUCAAGUAUUUGAGUCAAGUUUUGACCAAAGGGAUAAGCCAUUAGAUUUUUCAGGCUAUAAUUCUCAAAAGUUUAAAAGAGAUUUUAGAUCUUUCAUAGGGAGACCCUAUUGUUCAGAAGAUCUUGAGUGUAUAUUGGAUCUUAGAAACAAGCCUGGAACUAUGAGCAAUCAUUCCUUAAAUGGAGGCACAAUUAUACAGAGAGAGAUGAACUGGACUUUGCCUAAAAAGUCAUCAGCUCACCUUUCCAGGUUCCAUUUCCAUCAGUCAUCUUCUGAAGAACCUUCCUCUUUAAUUCAUCCCGAGAGUAUGACUGAAAGUUUACAAAAAGAAGAAACUCCACUAGUGAACAAACUGACACCUGUGUUUUCUAUUUUGGGCACCCUGAUUAGAAGUAGUUUGAAUUUUGACAAGAGUGAAUCUGUAGAUGGUUUGGUCAUACAGAAAACAGAUCAGCAAUCAGAGUUAUCUGAACCCAUACAUGAUAGUCUUCAGUCAUUAAUCUUGAGUAAGCAAUUAUCAUGCCACUCCAUAAAGGAGGAUGAAAGUCAUCCUGAGGAUUUGGAGAGGCAGAUGGUAUACAGUGUUCAGCAACCAGAGUUUACUGACAGUAUAAAGCAAGAAUUCUCUUUACAUAAAAAUGAUCACAUGGAUAAAGGAAGUUUAUUAAAAGCUGGUUUUCAAGUAAGCCAAACAACUCUUAAAGCUAAGACAGAUGUAGAAGAUGUUAAAAUUAUUACAGCAAAGUCCAUUGUAGAUCCUCUUGCACCACAGCUUAGUAAAGAUGAACAUAAGAAUUGUGAACUUCUGCAAGACCAGUCUUCCAAAGAAUCUGAGAAAACUUUGCUUACAAGUGCGCUGAGACUCUUUGGUUGGGAAGAAGGACCAUCAGUAAGUACCGUAACAAGUGAGAAACCAGCAUCUGGAAUUCUGAACCUCUUUAAAACCCGGGUGAAUAAGGAAGAAUCACCAGACUUGGAAAAGAUUGGUGAUAAAGGUGGAGCGAUUUCAUCUCAGGAAAAGAAGGAAUCUUCUGGUGUUGCAAAUUUUUUUGGAACCCUUGGCGAUUUCUUUAAAACCAAUGUGUCUCCCACGCAGACAACUGAAAAUAAGUCUGUUUCUUUAGUGACUGAUGAGGAUGAAGGAAGGUCAAGUCCUAACCCUUUACAUCUAGUGCAUCAGGAUACAGGAAAUUUUCCUCCAUUACCAGUCCCCUCAAAAAAGAAGGUUAGAAUUAGAAGUCUGACCAAACAGACCACUAUUGAUGACAGUGGGCUGAGAGAGCCAUUAACCAGGGAGAUGCAGAGUAAUGGUUUGAAUGAAAAAGAGGAACCUGUCAGAGACCACCAGGCAAAGCAAUCAACAAGUCCACCUGUCUCAACAGGUCGUUCCAAAGAGUCUCCCAGAGACUCUUCAAAAGGAACUGGUGCCGUAUCUACAGGAACAGAAGUUCCAAGAAAUAAUAAGUCUUUUGAUGCUCUGAGUAGAAGAAAUACAAGUGAACAAGAUAAUUUUCCUAACCAAGAAUGGAAAUUUCCAACUGCUACACCUGCAGCCCAGCAAGAAUUGCCAUCCAGGAGGAAUAUAUUUUCUUUCUUAACUGGAUCUGAAAAAUCUGAGAACAAAGCCUCUGCAGCUCUCCCAAGGGCCAGAUCUCAAGCAGAAGGGCUGUUCACUCUUCCUUCCUUUCUCUCCACAGCUAGCUUAAGCACCAAGAAGGAUGCCUCUCGCAGCAGCUCUGCUUUCAGUUUGUUUAACUUGUCUUUUUUGGAGGAGAAGCAGCAGCCCUCUGAGGAGAAGCAAAGCCUCUCAGCUAUUGCUCCAGUAACUGCCCAGCCUUGUAGGAGGCCAGUAGUUUCUGUAGACACAGGAGAUGUUAUGACAAAGGAAGAUUCUACUGCUCAUAAAGAAAGCAUAGUCCACCCAGUAGUUUAUGAAGAACAGAUGGCUCCUGGUGUAUCCACUAACAGCACCACUGAGCUUACUACCUCCCUUGUUGACAAGUUCCAUAUAGAGAAAACCCAGGAAAAAAUGAGUUCCAGUAAAGGAGGAGCAGAAGGAGCAACUGCUUUUGAUUUUCAGGUGAAUCAGUUGCCAGCCAGUGUUGUUCCUCUUUUACCAGAACUUCAGGAACAAGCCCUGGGGGUAGCUCCUCAGGAAGAGGAGGCUUUCCACCAGGACACCUCCUCCAGGGACUUGGCAGCUGAGGCUUUUCCUCAUGACAAUGGUUUGAAUGAGAAGCUCAAUGAUCUAGAUGUUUGUACUGAACACCAAAAGGAAAGAUUUACCAGCGGCUUAUUGAACUUGCCUUUGGAACAUGGCUGCUCUGACAGUCUUUCAACACAGAUCCUGGAUUUACCGUCUGCUUCUCCAGACCCAGGGCAUACAGGGCUUCUACAGAACCAAGAUGCAGAUCAAUUAGAAGACAGAUCAGUAUUAGGCUCCAAAGUAGAAAUGAUUUCAGGGUUUGUGACCAAAGUAAAAUCCUUUUCUGGGUCCUUAAUUGAACAGCCUAAGACUUUUUCUGGACUUUUUUCUACUCCUAAAUCUCCAAAGAGAAAUUCCUUUUUUUCCUUUUCCUCUGCUGCAUCAUCUCAGCCCCUCAAAAGUGAGCUGUUUGGAAUUUUCAGAAGUCCCAAACCAGAAACAAAUAAGCAAGAACCAUCUGUGAGUACUUCAUGCUUUCAGAGUGGUUCUUCCAGAGACCCUGUAGGAUCAGUUCUUCCAAAAAGCUUGCCUGGAGAGGCUGCCUGUGCAGGACUCAAUUCAGAGUCUGCUUUCAGUGCCUGUAGCAUAACUGUGGUUGAUGCAAAGUCAGAAUCAGAUCCAUUGACAGAUGACCCUAAACUCAUACCUGAAAUGGAGAAAAAUAUUCCCGAGAGUAUUUCAGAACCCCCAUGUUUUGAAGUACUUGCUACUACAUCUUCUGUCUCAGAGGAUGAUAUGGGACAAGGAAUAUUAUCUUUGAGUGAUGAAGGAGACAUGGGGCUUUUGCAGGGCACAGACACAGAGGCCUCACUGGAAGCAGAGCACAUUCUUCUUCCAACACAGCUACAGUCAGAUCCUGCCUGUAUUGCUGAAGAGCUUCCCCCUUCAAGCCAACCACUUCUUGAACUCGAGCCAGAGCCAGAGCCAGAGCCAGAGCCAGAGCCAGAGUCAGAGCCAGAGCCAGAGCCAGAGCCAGAGCCAGAGCCAGAGCCAGAGCUUCUGACGGCCAGCACAAAUCAGGAGUUCUUUGGGCUUGUAACCACUUCUGUAGAAACUAGUACUUCACUGUUUGAUGAGGCAGGAGCCAGUGAGAAUACCACACUAGAAACACAAGGAUAUCAUUCCUGUCCUUUGCAAGAGGAACCUGUGCUUUGUCCCAAAGAAAGUUCUAGUAUACAUCAUGCCCCAAAAGAUCCACCUGUAGCCCCCCAGCAAACAGAGCAGACAAGACCUCAUUUUGAGAUCCCAAAUAUGGCUAGUUGGCCAAAGCUUCACUUCCCAUCCACUCCUGACCAUGGGAAAACACUGAGUUCAAUCUUUAACCCCUCUAGCUCCUCUGGUAACAUGGCAGUAGAGACUGGCUUAAUGUCAGGCUUUAAGAAGUUGUCUACUCUCUUUGAAGGAGCUAGUGAGGGGAAAGGAGUUAUCCUAGGAAAUGAUCCAAAACUGGUUUUUGGAAAGAAACUGGAUCUUUCUUUUCCAUGGUCAAAAGAGAAUAAAGGAGACCCAGAGCAGAUGCCUGCAAAGCCAUCUCCAGUUUUGGUUGUUAGUGAUGAUCAGGACCUUAUCAUCAGCAAGGCUAACAAAAUUUCAGAGUCUUCUCAAGUACCUAGUGGUAGUCCUAAGUCAGCUAACAUCUGUACUCAGCCCUCUGGGACCACAGAACAGUUGGUGGCCAAGCCAAGUGACUGUGCUCAUGAGCUUUCAAAGUCUGGUGAAGUGGAAAGGCAGCUGGAAGUUUCAGCAUCUGAAGAACACUGGGGUGAAGACAGCAACCUGUCUGGAUCUGCCUGUCCUUCAGAGAAGCACAAGGAAGAACACUGUGCUCAGCCAGCAAAGCAAGAAGAGAUGUCUGCUAGCACUGGCUCUGUUUUGAAUGUGGGGCAGCUAGUCAUUCCAGAGGAUGUCAAGGAAACAGUGACCAACAAAAGGCCGGUUCUCCACUCAGGCAUCAUAAAUGGUUUUCAGGAAUUGACCAUUUAUGAUGAAAUUGAUUAGUAGUAGAUUGUCAUAGCUUGCUUCAGUCCAUCCCAUGCCUUUCCUAGCAUCUGAGCUUCAUGUUAAUUAGGGGCUAAAUGACAAAAACAAAAGUAUGGGUAUUUUCACUCUCUCCCUUUUCUAAUGUUGAGUAGAAUUCAUUUAGUGGACAAGGAGCAUCUAGCUUGAAAAGAGUAUUUACAUAGGCUGGUUUGUUCAGGAGCAGGGAAGACAAGAGAAGGCAGCAAGUAUUUAAGGGCUAUCUAUUCUAAGUAUAUAAUCAGAAUGCUUUCUUAGGUCUUAGACACUUGUAGUAUAGUAGAUGGGAAUACUUGUAGUUUGCUGUGGUUUUCCAAGUCUUCUAAGAUGUCUCCCCAGUGGCUGUGAGGCUGUAAAGUAAAAUACAAAUUGCAAAGAAUGACGUAGGAUCAUCUGUAUUCUAUAUCCUGUUCCACAUGGAUUUGUAAGACUUCUUCAAGGGUCUCUAAUACAGACUCUCGCAGUGCUGUGGACUGAACAGCUAUAACAAAGGAUAAGCUGGGUUGCCAUGAUACUUUACUCAAAGCUGAAGGUCUUUUGCUGCUGCUCUUUCAUCUGGAGCGCUGAACAAGGUCUAUCUGUAGAGGUUGUUAUUACUGCCCCUGAUUAUAGAAACUACACAGGAUAGCUUAAAGAUGCUACUUUGACCUCUGGCCCAAACAUAGAUCUACUUAGAAUAGUGAAGAGAGAGAGAGAGACCACAUGAGAGCUACUCAGACAUUGACCUGAUACAUGUUCUGCUAAAUGGACUGAAGAAUCAGAAAUCAGCCUGAAAAUAGCACGUAAUUUAGAAUUAUUUCUUCAGGUAACAACAACGCUCUCUCUUAAUCUGUCCAAAGGUAAAUAUAAGACCUUAAGUUAAAGACUAGACUUUGGCCAAAACAAAACAAAACCAACUCUCUUUGCAUAAAAGCUUUCCAGAAGGAUACCUGCUAUUAAGAAAAUGAAAGGAUUAAUAGCUCACCACCAAGUCCUUCCAGCUUCAUAAAACUGAAUCCUUUAGAAGAUGAGCUUCAGGAUUCCAGGGGUACCUUGAUACUAUUAUCACUCUGCCUUCCCUGCCACUAUCACAGUUUCUCUCUGCUACAACUGCUAGCUCUCACAGCUGGGAACAUUUCUUUCUGUGCACUGGCCUCACAUCAUAUACAGAAAUAACUUUCAUCCUGAUCCAGAGGAGUUGGACUUAAUUCACUUUAUGCAUAACUGAACCUUGAUCUGAGAGAAACUCAGCUACAAUGGGUAGAUAUAUCUUGGGGAUAUUUCCCAUGCCUCCAAGGGUAUCACUAUUGCAUUUGUGUUCCUGAAACCUGUGGAAUUCCUCUGCAGAAUUUCUUAAUCCUGGUCUUCAUCUAGUGACUUCCAUACUUUACCCUGUAGACUGAAGGAACACGUCUUUCUGCUUUGCUAAGGCACAGGCACACACAUUUGUAACUGUAGAGGAAGCAAUACGGACUUCUCUUUAGUAAAGAAUAGAAGGGUGAGGCUCAUUUUCUUCACUAUGUGGAAUUUGGAAAACUUUAACCACAGCCACUGGAAAGUUUCUUUAGAAGAAACUGAGUGAAGAAGUUUAUAAAUAUGCAAAAGGCCAGUCUCUUCAUUGUUCUGACAGGAAGCAAUUAGGUAAAAUAGUUUCUGAAGUCAGGCCCGAGGUUCAGUGGUGACAGAGGCUUAGCAUGUUGCCCUUUUCCCUUUUGUGGUUGACUAGACCAAGUUUUCUAGAUUGAAAUGUUUGUCCUCGCUUCCUAGGAACCUCCUGUGUAUGAUUAUUCCUGUCCCAUGCAAUUAUUAGUUCCCGGGUAUGUCUGUAUUUGUGUUCCUGUCCUUGGUUUGUGUUUAUUUACUAAUUUGCUUUCUUUUCAC